AUGUUCCAAUACUUGGGUGUCCCUGAAGAUGAUGCUGCUUGGAGGUCUCCUAUGCUUGCUGCCACAGGAUCCUUCACAGCUAUACAUCAAGAUCCCCACAGUGUAGGCACUGUUCUACGUUGCAAGGUGGGACACAAACUACUAUUCUUCCUGAUCAACAUGUCCCAACCCUUGAUUGUGAGGUUCAACGAAAUCAGAUCUGACAGUGCAAUCAGGUUUGAGUACCUCUUCCACCCCCCUCACAAGUAUAGCCACUUUAUCCUCUCCCCAGGGCAAACUCUCAUCAUGGCUCCUGGCCAAAUCCACUUUUACACUGUCAAAACGAGAGGAAGCUGGGUGGAUAGCCAUCAGCAAUUGCAGCAGGAUGGUGAGAUGUAUAGCUGUGAAAUGAGCACAGCAAUGCUCUUGGCAUUUGUGAUGGACUCUUGUCAACAUCUUUCCUUUGGCUAUUCAUUGGUGGGUAACCCACCAACUGAGGAAGUCUUCUCUGCCAUGUUUAUGGCAAUUACAUAUGCCAGUGGAGAAGGCAUCGCUGAGACAGCACAUCAUUUGCCAUUACAGCAGGCUCUAUCCCAAGGACUACACUGUCUUUGCAUGCAAAUUCCAGAGUGUGUGGCCAACCUCUCUGACCCUGUGGCUACUCAGGAAGAGGUGGAUAAUUUGCAUCAGCCAAUGAGAGUAGCUGUCUGGAGAUGUGCCUCCAAGACUCCCAUCUUCCUCAUCAGCCACUGA